ACACACACACACUCGUACCAAACUGCCCAAACAAGAGGAGAUAUAUGUCCUUCCCCAGAGCUUUUUGCAGGUCUCCUGCCUGCCGAGUGAAGGUGUGUUCCCAGCUAAUAUCAACAGUUGAACCGGUGAACACAUCACUGAGGGACGGGAGUAAAUGGUGUGUGAUAGCAUGUAGCAUUCUCCGACCACUGCUGAGGAAUGUGAGCAAGGAAUUUACUGCACCUAACGGGGAUGCUUCUGGUCCAUGUGUUUUUCAGCUUUGAAAUCCAUUGAAACUCAACCUGCACACCGAUUCAUCUGAAUUACAAACAGGAACAAGACCUAACAUUUCAUGUGUUUAACGUUUGCGCAAGUGCUGCACGGAUUUUAGCCAUAAUCCUCAAAAGUUUCAGUUUUAGGCAGGAAAAUCUCAUUUUAUGAUCAAGUUAAGAGCAUGUAUGGCAAAGUCAUUGCUGUAUAUCCAAACAGGCUUACAUAACACUGUUUGGAUGUCAAGAGAAACGGAUCAUGCACGGAUUAGAGCUCAAGUUGAACGCCAGAGUCUCCAAAUACUUGUUAAGUACCAGCAUGUUGUUACGUAGUUACACUAAUGACAAGGCUAAGCUUCUGUCAGACCCACUUUUGAAUAAUUGUUUACAGACCUGCUUCCAUAAUUGAGACAAAUAUGAGCAUAACAGUUGGAUGUGUGUGCUCACACUGCAGACUGCAUAAAAAGAUCCACAUUUCUGACAGUCGAAUGCACACUCUGACUCACACCUGCAAAAAUCUGCAUCACUAUUAACAGGAUCAUAUAGGAAAGGAUCCAUGUAAUUUACCGGUGUUUGUGUUAACUUGCUCAGAGCUCCAAAUGAGCCAAUUUGUAGUGAAAUCCACUUCAUCUCAGCAGGCAUGCCUGCCUGACACGAGACACAGUUUGGUGGUUUUGCUGGUUGUUAUCAACCAUGCAAUUACACCCCUAAAUUUCCAGAGUCCCCUGGUGAAACAUGCAUUAAUAUCUGCUGACAUGAUUUUUGGUGAAACCGCAAGAGAUCCAUGCGCCUCGUGUAGAAAACCAGAGUGCUUAGCGCAGGCUGUACACAGACCAGAGAGAAAUCUCACUAGUAAAUCUAAUUUUCUGAUGUUCAUGUGCAGUAUUUUUCACAUGCCGGAGUGCAGCCGGGAUCCACGGCUGCCGUUCAAGCUUCUCCUCGCAGAGCUCUUCCAGAGACGUGAUUGGACGGUGGGAGAGCCAAUGGGCAGCUGAGCAGCAAGUUAUUUGAACUCUCCUCACACAACUCAACCACACCGGACAACAUCCUCUGACUUUUAAAACAUCGUUCUCUCACAAGAGUCUGCCAUCAUCUGUCUGCUCAGCCACUGCUCUCGUGGGCACGGAAAGAAAGAAGAAGAAGGAACAUUUUUAACCCUUUUCUUUGUAUUAUUACCUUUACAUUGAGUGCAUCCAGGAUGGGAACCUGCUGCUUCUGUUUACAUCUGGAAGUCGACUGAUGCACCUGUUGGUCGAGGAAAACUCUGUAUGUUCAACAAUGAUCAAGGUUGCUGAGAUGAAGUCCGACACUCUUCUUCAUUUUGAGGACCACGUGAGAGCAGAGGAGAGGAGCAGACUGAACUGUGUAAACCUGCCGCAGAGCAGUUUAACGGAGGUGCAGAAGACAGACCUGCGGCGAUGCCAGAACACCAGUGGUGACGGCUCUCCUACCAAGUACAGAAGAUACGGGUCUCGUCUGGGUGGGGUCAAAGUUCGCCACAAGAGACAGGUGCUGCAGGACAUGGCCCGACCGUUGAAGCACUGGCUCUACAAACACCGGGACAACCCUUACCCAACCAAGACUGAGAAGGUCCUGCUGGCGUUGGGCUCUCACAUGACGCUGGUGCAGGUCUCGAACUGGUUUGCUAACGCCCGCCGAAGGCUGAAAAACACAGUGAGACAGCCGGAUCUGAGCUGGGCCCUGAGGAUCAAACUGUACAAUAAAUACAUCCAGGGAAACGCUGAGAGACUGAGUGUGUGCAGCAAUGACAGCGACUCUGAUGAUGAAGUGUGUCCCUUACAAAUUCCUAUCAGCCAGUCGGACUUCGGCAGGUCAUCUUCCCACAUGAGCCUAACCGAGAAGCGCGGCGGCAUCCUCGCCAUGGCGGACUCCGCCAACAGCGAUGACGGCGUGUCGCCUCCGUCCAAGUACAAGAGCAGUUUACUCAACCGCUAUCUGAACGACACCCUGCGGCACAUGAUGGCGGCGAAGGCCGACGGCGUCCCGUCAGCCCACAAGAGGAGGAGCCACUCUGAGGCCUUCAGCUUCAACGCGUGCGAUCGAGACGCCGUCUCUCCGGCGUCGUCCUACGAAACGGAGGCCAACUUCGUCUACCGCAUGGACACAGUGGACUACGCUUCAGCUGUAUGUGAAAGGGAGCAGCAGCAGCAGCAGAGAGGAGGCGAUCCGGGCUGGAGGGAGAUCCACGCCGCCGUGGCCCUCACCAGCCUGGCCCAGGGGCAGAGCUGCAAAGCGGACCAGAUCGGCGGGUCGGGGCCCGGACCGGGCCCGGGCAAGGGCUGCACCCGGGGGCCCCCCUCGGUCACGAGGACCACUGUCACGGACGGGACGUUUGCCGGGGGGCCCACCGGCGCUCCGAGGCCCGCUGCCACCAGCCGCAUCAUCCAGAAGUCUUCUCAUAUCUCCGAGGUCCAGACUGUUAACGUGCCACUAGCCAACAGCGUGUAGGCAGGCGAAUAGAGCACCUGGUCUGUCCUUACGUAUGACACCACAUGCUUGGUGCCUUGCAGCCUCAGAUACUUUGUAAUGCUGAUAAACUUUGAUAUUUUAAAUCAUUUUUAUAUAGAAAAACCAACCUAAUGCAGUUUAAUAUUUUCUAGUGUUGUUGUCUUCCUAUUGUCGUCUGUUGUCGUAAGUUAUAUUAACUUCCAUGAGACUGGAUUGUCAUCCAAUGCUUAAGUUUGACAGCAGCUAUUUGAAUAAAGCCAAUGUGAAAUCUU